AUCUGCCAUCAAUGCUGCGAACGACCCAUCACAUCUGAGUCGCCUUCUGAUGUUUUCGGAGACCCCACCUCAGAUCUACCGGUGAUCACUGAUCAGACGAGUUGGAGCAGAUGACAUGUUUAGCCACUGGUUGCCUUGAGAAUCUGGGAGCCUGGAUUGCGUGGAGCUCACAUAAGUGCAACCAACCGCCCUGUCUGCCUCCUCUGGUUUUUCAGCGUAUCAUCAACACUACAGGUAACGCCACCUGGCAACUAUGAGUGGAAUUCCAAGGUUCCUCAAAAGGAGAGAAAGGCAAUCUGUACAUGGAAGACGCCAUGUUCUGGGCACCAAGGGAGAGGCUUCGACUGCCUCCUCGCUCCAUGCCCUACGAAUCUUCUCCACAUCUGAACCAGGCCCCGAAGACAAGAAAUCUAAGAGCGAAGACAAAAAGACAAAAGUGCUACAAAAACGCCUUGCUGACGUUGGAAUUACUACCUUUGAUGAAAAGAACGUCAGAUAUGCAUUGCAGUCAACCUAUGCAGAGGGUGACGUAGACAAAGCGUUUGACGUUUUAAUCAUCGUCCAAGACUCGAUUGAUGGAAUUAUCCGGGAUUAUUCUCCAAGUAUCAAGCUUCUCGGCGCGGAGAAUCGCGACUACGUUACUUGCUAUCUCGAUGCGCUUCUCUUCGCCAUGUUUGCGCGCCUCGAUUGCUUUGAGGCGGUUCUGUACAACUCUUUUAGUGAUGAGCCUCGUCGGAAACUGUCCAUCAUGUUGAGGCUCUGGGUCAACAUGCUGAGGUCAGGCAAACUUAUCGCCAAGGAUAUUACAAAGCAUCUCCAGGAUGCCCUCGCUGAAUGCGGUUGGGAAGAUGCAGCCAAGAUUCGCCAACAGGAUGUUUCAGAGGCGUUCACGUUCAUUACAGAAAAGCUAGAACUACCUCUGCUGACUUUGAAGAUGGAUAUCUAUCAUACUGGCAAAGAAGAUGCCACCGAUGAUCACAAAUUUGUCAAUGAGAGAUUACUAGAAGUCGCCAUACCACCUGAUUCGGAUGAGGGUAAAUCCGUCACGCUGGAGGAUUGCUUGGAAUCGUACUUCAACAACAAAAUUGAAGUAAAGCGAUACCUCGAGCGGUCUAACACAACUGGCUCUACGAGAUCUGUCGAUUCUAUUGCUAAAGGCUGGAUAACGCACAUUGAAACUGUGGAGGUGGACCCUGAGACGUCUUCGCCGAUAACUCCCACUUCUCCUUGGGAACCAACGAACCCACUAUCGUCGAUUACGGACUUGGGAGGGUCGUCUAUCUCACAACAUAGUUCGAGGCGUCGAAGCAGCAUCAUACAACAGCGCUUUAUUCCGGACCCGGAUGAUUCGAGUCACGAACCGCAUUUUACAGCGCCGUACACUCGGCCACGUAAAGGUUCCUACAGAAAAGAGGUUAUGAUGCCGGCAUGGCAAUUCUUCAGCUUAAUCCCGUGGUACACAGAUAAUACCCAAACAGAUGAUGCGCAGGUCGCAUCACACUUUUCUUCAAAAAGACCCAUAGUUGGAUUAUGCUUGAAGCGCUACACAAUGACACCAACCGGAGAGGUAAAGAGGCUUAGCACGCAUGUUGAUAUACCAACUGAGAUUGGCCUGCCACACUUUAUCCAAGAUGAUAAUAUGGACAGCGACGGAUCGAUUUAUGGGAAUUUCAAACUCUCAUUGCAGGCCUUUGUCUGCCAUCGAGGGAAUUCUGUUAAUUCUGGUCAUUAUAUCGCCAUUGUUAGAGGGACUAAUGCUGGUGCUACUCCGGCUGACCGCAGUAGCUCCAGUCAGUCCACCGAUGAUCCUUCGAGAUAUUGGAUGCGCUUUGAUGAUUUAGCAGAGGAACGAGUCACUUUGGUUGAUGUAGAGAAGGCUCUGGAGUCUGAGUCCCCAUAUCUCUUGUUCUACCAGAUCCUUCCUAUCGACGAGGAUGCUGCCGAGGCGAAUCUAAGAUUUACCAACACUUCCAGUCUUUCGUCAGCUAGUGUUCCGGAGUUAGAUGUGACAGAAGUUUCCGAGUCAUUACGCAACUCGUCUACGAGCACACAAGGCGCCGAGCGCGUUGAAGGAUUUGCUUCGAUGCGUCCAAGCCUCGAAAUCACUGCCCCUGAAACGCCCGUUGCCGAUGAGAGGAGAAACAGCACGCUUUCGGAUUCCGCUGAGACUCCGACCGUGAACGGCAACCUUCGAGUGAACCCCGCUAGCUCUUCGACUCGCGAUGAUGGAUUGAAGGGCGAAGGCACCAGGAGGUCCCUUUCUUUCUCUAGACGCGGUUCUAGAGUAUCCAGAAGGAGCAACCCCAGCAGUCGUGACGGGAGCCAAACUGGUGACAACCGACUUAGCAUAGCUCUCUCUAACCUUCGGCUCUAUACCAAGGAUAAAAUGAAUGACGAAUUGUCCAUUGAAGAGAACGGUGAAAAAUGUGCGACACCUAUCACUACAGUGAAGUCCUCACCGCCAGGUGGCGAAAUAAGAGAUAGGAGUACCGCCAGAAAGUGCUCGAAAGAUCGUGGGAGAUCUAGAUACCGACAAAAGGAGAGGUCCAGGAAUAAGAUGGGCAGGAAGCCAGAUCGGGAAUGCAUGGUUAUGUGACGAUGACAUGAUGACUCACGACACGAACAGCACAGAUGGCUGAUGCUUGCCGAUUGCAUACCUUUUAUAACUGUAUACACUUUCCUCGCAAUUACAUAUUUCGCAUCGAUGGUUCCAAGUCUUGGUGCAUUUAUAGUUGACUUGAUUGAUUCCGUUGUGCUAUAUAAAAAGACUUACCUAUGUGUCAGCGACGGAUUGAUCUGAUCAGCGGCUGUAUUCACAUUGUCCUUCUGCCGGCAGGAGAAAAUUGAUAGACUGCAGUAGUAUUAAUUAGGUUCUCGAUUCUGAACU